AUGACCAUCAUAUUAGGCAUUGAAGGCAGUGCCAACAAAUUAGGCGUUGGGAUCGUUCGUGACGGUUCAGUGCUUGCAAAUCCGAGGGUGACAUAUAUUACUCCACCUGGUGAAGGUUUCCAGCCCACAGAAACAGCUAGAUUUCAUCAGUCUCAUAUUAUUGAACUUGUUCAGAAAGCCAUUAAAGAAGCGAGAGUUGACCCUUCCGAGUUGGAUGCUGUUGCUUACACUAAGGGUCCUGGUAUGGGUGCUCCUCUUCUCACUGUUGCAGUAGUUGCUCGUACUCUUGCUCAAUUAUGGAAUAAACCUUUAAUUGGAGUUAAUCAUUGCAUAGCACAUAUUGAAAUGGGUCGUCUUAUCACUGGUGCAAAGUCACCCAUCAUAUUGUACGUCAGCGGUGGUAAUACACAAAUUAUUGCUUUUGUUUCUGGGCGUUAUCGAAUAUUCGGAGAAACGAUCGAUAUAGCAUUGGGAAAUUGUUUUGAUAGGUUUGCCCGUAUUGUAAAUCUUUCGAAUGAUCCAAGUCCUGGCUUUAACAUUGAGAAGUUAGCCAAACAAGGAUCAAAAUUUUUCGAGUUGCCAUAUGCAGUGAAGGGUAUGGAUGUUUCUUUUGCAGGAUUAUUAUCAUUUCUGGAAGAGCGUGCACCGAAACUUUUAGAAACUGGUGAAUACACUGUGGCUGAUUUAUGCUUUAGCCUCCAAGAGACAGCUUUUGCUAUGGUUGUAGAAAUUACUGAACGGGCUAUGGCACAUUGUGGUGUAGACGAGGUCCUCAUUGUCGGUGGCGUUGGUUGCAACGUGCGUCUGCAGGAAAUGAUGAACUGCAUGGCUAAAGAGCGUGGUGCUAAAUUAUUCGCAACAGAUGAGAGAUUUUGUAUUGAUAAUGGUGCUAUGAUAGCACAUACUGGAUGCCUAAUGUUUGAUGCCGGUUUGACUUUUCCGCUGAAAGACUCUGUCACAAGCUCAUCUUUUCAUAAGUUGCUUCUGGAAUAUCGAUUAGAUUUUUUGGGGUUCCAAUGGGUAUCCGAGGCUUGUGGACAUAUAUUCAAACCUUUAGUUAUUGAUGCCGAAAACUUCGCUUCUCUCUGUUAUCGUCAAGCUACUUUGCGAUGUGAAUAUGGUGGAGAGUAUUUGGCAUUUAAACGUUAUGUCCAGUUGUUCCUGAAAAAGUUUCGUACCUGUCAUGUGGACACAAUCUUCGUUUUCGGUGGAUGCCAUUCUAAAGAGGGAUCGAAAUUGGAUACUUUGUUGAAGCGAAACCUUGAAAACUUUAAUAAACUCUCAUCGGCUCUUCGUGAUGUUAACUCAAUUUCUAAUCUAAAUAGCCUAGACUUGAACAUCGAUAUAACUCCACGACUUUGUAGACAUGUUCUUGUGGAAAUUCUACGGGAAUCUUCAGUUCGAUACAUAGCAUGUGAACGUGAAGCUGAUAUCAGUGCAGCAGAACUAGCUAUUUAUCUUCAAUGUCCCGUUACUAGUGGAGAUUCUGAUUUUUUUAUUUAUCGACCAAUUGAUGACAAUCAAGUCUAUAGUUUUAUUCCACUUUCAUCUAUUCUACUCGAUUGUAAGCAGAGGUCCCCCCCUUGUUCUGUUUGUAAACUUAAUGGUGCUCUUUGUUAUUUUAUAUCGUGUAAAGUUCUUAAUAAUUCAGGACCGUUUUAUAAACUCAAGUAUCCUAUGUUACCACUUUUUGCCACCCUCGUUGGUAAUGACAUAACAUCAAAUAUUCACCUUCCAGCAAUUAUCAAUUCUCUAAUCCAUACUUCCGAUCUACAGAACACGUCCUACUAUCAAAGACGUAUCCAUGCUAUAUUUAACUGGCUCUUAUGUUUUCGUGACAUGAAACAACCAUUGUCAUUAAUUCUGUCACUCUACAGCGAAAAUGAGAGGGAUGGUAUUGAGGAGACAAUACGUUUGGGGAUUUCGGAUUAUUUUCUGAAUACUUCAGGCGAAAACCUGGCCCAUGCACUAGGUUUUUCAAAUGAACAGCAUAUUUCAUUAAGUGUUCCAUCAUCAAGCAAACUGGGAAAUCCGAACAUUCUAAAUUCCACAACUUCAUGGGGUUCCUACUUUGAAGACCCUUUCAAAUUUUCUAAACCUAUUUUGGAGCGAAAUAAUGAUAAAGAUAGCAUAUUUCACCAUUGGCCGAAAGAACUGAUUAAACGAUUUAAAUCUUUGGAAUUAAUCCCAAGCGUAUUAGACUGCAUGUAUGUACGAAACGGCGCUGUCCCUCGUCAAGUAGUGGAGGAUAUAAAGAGUCCUAAUUCAAUUGAUGAAUUUAUGUCCAAAAUGAGAAGUAUUUUAAAUGGACUUAUAUAUGGCCUUGAAAAUCACUUAGGUACCAAUGAAAAGUUAUGUGGAAUGGAGAAUGAGUGUGUCACUGAGUACAGAAAAAGUUCGAAUGGUCAUUUGACGAAGACUUUAGUUUCAUUGAAGCCUCUGAAACCCCCUUAUGCUGAAACACCUGAAUUUUCGUUCGUAUCUUUUUUCUCCCAGUUUCUUAAUUUAAAUUUAGAAAAAGAUUUUAAGCCUCUUGAAAUACAAGGUUUAGCUGUUUUAUUAAUUCUAUGGUUCAGAUCUUCAUUUCAUGCUCAAUAUAAAGCUAAAAACAUUCGAACAUCACCAGUUGGACUUGCGCUAUCAUGUUGUGCGAUUGCUGUCCAUUCAAACUGUGAAUUUCUUGGUAGAAACAAUACUUUUGGAGAUUUUUCCAACUCUAUUUGUACACAUCUCGAUAAGUGUGCUGAUUUAGCAAAAUCAAUUUAUUGCCAAAGAAAUUCACCUUUCUUUUGUAUCGAGGAUGUUCACCAACUUAAUGAAUUGCAAAGUAUGGCCUCUGCAUUAAAUCAUUUAGUUGCACUGAUUGAGGUGCUUUGUCCGUUUUAUAUCUCAAAUCUUGACGAAUUUGAUACUUCACAUUUAAAAAAUUCUUUCAUAAGCUUUUAUCCACUUUGGAUGUUAUUUGCCAGUGGACGUCUUUUGUACUGGAUUGGUCGGCUUUUACAAAGUAUUGAUCCGUCUGAGCGUUUCCAUAAAGUCAUAAAUGAUUGGCUUCCAAAAUUGCUCAUAAAAACCAAUUUUAUCAGUCAACAACAGGACUGCGCCCAAAGAGAUUUUACCAAACUUUUCAACCUAAUCAAUAAGUUGAACUGA